AAAUAGUAAUGGCGUCCUCCAUGGGCGGAAUGUUUCCCGGACAACAAACUUCAGGAUCUCACCCCAGCGGAGGUCCGGGGGCUCCUGGACAAUCGGGGUUGUUGCCCGGUUCCUCUGUGAACAGAGGCUCAGCAGGCAACACUUUAGUUGAUGAUCUAGAAGCUUCUUUUGAGGCGUGUUUUGCAUCUCUCGUCAGUCAGGACUAUGUGAACGGGACUGAUCAGGAGGAGAUACGAACCGGUGUGGAGCAGUGCAUUCAGAAAUUCCUGGAUGUUGCAAGACAGACCGAAUGCUUCUUCCUCCAAAAGAGACUACAGCUGUCGGUACAGAAACCUGAGCAACUGGAAAAGGAGGACGUGUCUGAGCUGAGAAAUGAGCUACAACGAAAGGAGAUGUUGAUCCAGAAACACCUGACCAAAAUCCACCACUGGCAGCAAGUACUGGAGGACAUUAACGUCCAGCACAAGAAACCCACCGAGCUGCCCCAGGGACCUCUUGCUUUCCUGGAACAAGCCUCUGCCAACAUCCCUGCCCCCAUGAAACCCAACUGACCCUAGAAACACAUGAAGUGAAGGAGGACAAAGACUCUCAAGUGCGUCGAGUUGGGAGGAACUACCAUAGAAUCAGUUUCACUAGACAUUCUAUUUGCUCCCGUAUAGAGUUCCAGAGUUUCCCCUGUGACAUAAUGAUAUUCUCUUUGUUUAAUUUCCCUGGAAAUGACACAAGACUGAUAAGUAUUUUUAAGGGAAAGGAAGGGUGAAUGAUCUCAUAAUUAUUGGCGCGUCGGGUUUAUCUUUCAGUCUUGAAAAGCUAAAUACCUCUGGGUUUUGUAAGAAAGGGUUCCCAACACA